CCACAUAGAGCUGUUGUUUAUGUCCACACACACAAGCGCAAAAGUGACAAGAAUAUAAAUGGGCAUGUGGAUAAUUUGAAGAGACUUAUAGCUGAACAACUAGCUUUAGCGGAUGCUAGUAAAGGAAAGACUGCUUGGAAAGGAGAUGCAUUGAACCAAAUACUAGGAGAUGACAAGCCUGGGCGUGUGCAUGGUCUUGGACUAGUUCCAAAGCCUAAACAAGUGCUUGAUGUGCCAACUUCCCGACGUUUGCAGAAUAUAAAUCUUACUACAGUGGAGGAUAACUCCAGUGAAGAUGUAAUGGCUAUUAGACUGCAGAUGGAAAAGUUAGAACGCCAUGUUGAGAAUAAUGAUGCUGAACUUUUACAAUUAAAAGAGAAGGCAACCAAGUUGGAAAAGGCACAAAAGAAUCAGGGAGGUUUAGAUGGAGCGUCAACAAACAAAAAAGCUAUUUGUGAUGACGUACCUAAUUCAAAAAGGAGGAGAGUGUAUGGUGACAACCCCUCGCAAGAAAUUUGUAUGUUUGAGGAGGGAAACAUUAUGGAUCAGCAGGACAACAGUUUGAUGAAUACACAAAGCCAUGUGCACGAUGAGAAUUUGCAACCACCAACCAAGCAUUCUACUGUUUACAAGAAUACACAGUCUUUGGGCCAGAAUCACAGUGGGAAGCAAAGGAAGAUUACUUCCUGUGCAAACAAGCGCAAAGGAAAUUUGGACCAGAAUGAGCUUAUGCAACCAGGGAAGAGUAUUUCUAGUGCAUACAAGAAAGUGUAUGGUGACGGUCCCUUGCAAGAAAUUUGUCAUGUUGAGCAGGAAAACAUUGUGAUGAAUUCACAAAGCCAUGUUCAAGAUGAGGAUAAGACACCACCAACCAAGCAUGCUACUGCACACAAGAACAAACGAACCUUUGGCCUAAAUGACCAUGGGAAACAGAUGGAGAUUAUUUGUGCCAAGAACAAGAAACCUGACAAUCAGGAAAGCCAUAUGGUACAUGCACAUAAAGUUGGUGGUGCAUACAAGGUUGUUUUUUUAUUCACCAUGUUUACAAAUAUCAGUCCAUUCAAACUAUAACAUGCAUGAUU